AUGGAUCAAGAAAUCCACGAAGAACUUCUAUUUGCAAAAACUUUGGCCAUUGACACAAAAGGCGAAUCAAUACUGAAAGUUUUGAAGGACUACUUUAAAGAAAAAGAGAUCCCUUUAGGAAAUAUAAUAUUAGUAGCAACAGAUGGAGCACCUGCAAUGGUUGGACGCUACCGAGGAUUUGUGAGCCUUUUAAAAGAAAAUGUACCCGGCGUGUUAGCAAUACACUGCGUUAUCCAUAGACAACAUUUAGUUGCUAAAAAUCUCAGUGUCAGAUUGCAUGAAUCUCUUCAGUUUGUCAUUACUGCUGUUAAUCGAAUCCGAGCCAACGCUUUGAAUACUCGAUUAUUUGCUCAAUUGUGUGAAGAAAAUGACGAGAACUUUCACCAACUGCUCCUUCACACUGAUUCGAUGGUUGUCGAAAGAUUUGAGAAUAUUCUGAAUAUGGAAAUACCUCAGUGGAUUAUCGAUCCAUAUGUUGAUAUGAUAGAAGAGGAUGAUGUAGCAUUGCAAGAAGAACUUCUAGGAAUAAGUACUAAUGAAGAACUGAAAGUACAAUUGAAAAAAAGGAUAUCAGCUCUUUUGGUUCCAAAAGAUAUACCCGAUACGUAUACCAUAUUAUGGAAUAUCGUCAGAAAGUUUCUAAUUGCUUUUCCAUCUUCCUAUCUUGUGGAUAGAGGGUUCAGCACUGUUAACAAUCUUCUACUAAAUACAAGAAACAAACUGGACAUCACUAACUGA